AUGGAUAACAUCAAAUUCCCCAAGAGCUUUGCCCUGUCUCGGGAGAAUAUGCAUGCAAUUUUUGACGCCUUUGGGGACGGGCGUUCGGUAGUUGAGAUUGCUGCAGAGCUGGCUCAGGCCGCUUCCUCCAAGAAGGUCAGCCGUCCUCCUGUCAAGGCUGCUUCUCGAUCUUUCAAGCCGGGCUCCCGCAGCUCCAAGUCAGCUCGGCCAUUUAACCGUGAUGGGUCGAGCUCAACUUCGACGCCUGCGGAAGGAUCCAGGGAGACUUCCUUAGCUAUUGUGGAGCAGGCCCAAGCUACUGGACAAGUGGGGCAAGGUGCCCCUGCCCCUGUGAGAACUGAGCCUGAGGGCACUCCAAAAACUGGGGAGAAACGUUCAACCCCUUCUGGAGCGUCUGCCCCUUCUCCUGCUCGGAAGAAACCCAGAACUGCUGCCAGGCCUUCUCCACCUCUUCCUCCUAUUGGGAAAGGGAAAAGCGUUUCUGCUGUCCCUUCGUCAUCCCCUACUGUCGACGUUCUAGAUCCGUCAGCUAUUACCUCUGAGUCUCCGGCCAGUGCCGUUGCCGCACUUCUCAGGAAGCGAAUGUUCAGCGGAACAACAGAGGCUUUGGAUCCUCGCCUUCUGGCUCUGACUGGCCAUCUGGCCAGUUCGACUAAAGAGCAGGUGUCCUUCCGAUCUCGCUCUCGUGAGGAGCUUGGAUCCACAAUUAGAGAAAUGCUCCUGAUGGUGACAGGUCUUUUUAUGGAAGUUGAUGCUCGCGACCACUCUCUCCGGGAGUCCGUGGACCGCCAGAUUGAAGAGGCGCGUCGCGAUGAGAACCUGAUUGCCACCAGCGACGCAAGAGGUCACCUGGUAGCCGCCCGGGAGCAGAUCCAGACUCUCCAGGUGGAGUUACAUUCUGCGCGGGAAGCCACUAAAAAGGCUGAAGACAAAGCGGCUGAGGCAGCAGAGCACAGCAAAUCCCUGGAAUCAGAGCUGUCCCGUACUUGCGGGAUUCUCCAGGAGACUGACAAGAGGGCAGCUGAAGUGGAAGCUCGUUGUGAGAGGGAUGAUGCUAUUGGCCAGAAAGCUGAAGUCCAGCGCCAACAUGAGGCCUUAAAGGCUGAUUUCGAAAGACUUCAAGCUUACCUGGAUGAGGUGAAAGCUCAGAAGGGAGGUGCCCUAGCCCGGGUGGAGGUCCUUGAGCAGGAAUUGGGUGCAAUGGACUCAGAUGGUGAGUCAGUGCUAUAUGGGGAGGAUGAUUUCCCUAUGCCUCGAGGAGAUUCCCGGAGGAACCGAGAUCGGCCAGCUGAGUCUUGUUCAGAGGGGUCCGAGCUAGGGUCGGGGGAAGAUGACCCUGAUUCUGAGAAAGAAAGCCUCCACCCUGGGUCAGAUGUUGGCCCUACCAUUAAUGUUGAGAGCUCUGGCCCAAAGGACACCGAGCUGCCUUCAGAGAGGGCUGUAAAUAGGGGUAAUGCCGGCGAGUGUGUCUUUACUGAUCCUUAG